UCAGCUCAAAAUGCUGAACUGCUUCUGGAAGUCGCUGGUGCUGUGGUAGUUGGAGUCUGUUCUCGGGCCUGAGCCUCGAGGCCAGGCUCCUGGGUGUCGUUAAUGUUCGGGGCCGCCGGGCGCCAACCGAUCGGAGCUCCAGCCGCCGGGAACAGCUGGCAUUUCAGUCGAACCAUGGAAGAACUGGUUCAUGAUCUUGUCUCAGCAUUGGAGGAGAGCUCAGAGCAAGCUCGAGGUGGAUUUGCUGAAACAGGAGAUCAUUCUCGAAGUAUAUCUUGCCCUCUGAAACGCCAGGCAAGGAAAAGGAGAGGGAGAAAACGGAGAUCAUAUAAUGUUCACCACCCAUGGGAGACUGGUCACUGCUUAAGUGAAGGCUCUGACUCUAGUUUAGAGGAACCAAGCAAGGACUAUAGAGAGAAUCACAAUAAUAAUAAAAAAGAUCACAGUGACUCUGAUGACCAAAUGUUAGUGGCUAAGCGCAGGCCAUCAUCAAACUUAAAUAAUAAUGUACGAGGAAAAAGACCUCUGUGGCACGAAUCUGACUUUGCCGUGGACAACCUUGGGAACAGAACUCUGCGCAGAAGGAGAAAGGUAAAACGCAUGGCCGUGGACCUCCCACAGGACAUCUCUAACAAACGGACAAUGACCCAGCCCCUUGAAGGUUGUAGAGAUCAGGACAUGGACAGUGAUAGAGCUUACCAAUAUCAAGAGUUUACCAAGAACAAAGUCAAAAAAAGGAAAUUGAAAAUAAUUAGACAAGGACCAAAAAUCCAAGAUGAAGGAGUAGUUUUAGAAAGUGAGGAAAUAAGCCAGACCAGUAAGGACAAAAUGGACUACGAAGAGCAAAAAGUCUCAGACGAACUCAUGAGUGAAAGUGAUUCCAGCAGUCUCAGCAGCACCGAUGCUGGUUUAUUUACCAAUGAUGAGGGAAGGCAAGGUGACGAUGAGCAGAGUGACUGGUUUUAUGAGAAGGAAUCAGGUGGAGCAUGUGGCAUCACUGGGGUCGUGCCCUGGUGGGAAAAGGAAGAUCCUACCGAGCUAGACAAAAAUUUACCAGAUCCUGUCUUUGAAAGUAUCUUAACUGGUUCUUUCCCUCUUAUGUCACAUCCGGGAAGAAGAGGUUUCCAAGCUAGACUCAGUCGCCUUCAUGGACUGCCUUCCAAGAACAUUAAAAAAUCAGGAGGGACCACAACUUCAAUGGCUACAAACUGGACCAGUGAGAUUCCCCUAUAAACCAAAUCUUCUAAUGCUAAUAAAUUAGUUACGUUUUGAACAUCUGGGGAAUGACAUUCGAGGGAACCUGGCUCCUGUCCUCUUCCCCUGGAGGAGUAUCAUUGAAGUGAGAGCCUCUUUGAUGAAAAGAUGGGGCUGUUUUUGCUGGAGGACUGGUAUUCUUCCUUUAGUCAGAAGUGAACCUGCUUGGGGAGGCUUUCUAGGGAUGUAGGUUGGCCCAGGGUGGGUUGAAACUACUGUAAAUUUUAUAUAUUUUUCUCUUUUAUGAUUUUUUUUUACAUUGAAUCCAUUUAUGUAUUACUUGCUUUGCCAAAAUGCUAACAAAAGCUAGAAAAUUGAAAACUUCCAGAUCUCACAUAAGUAUUCCUUAAUGUUUCUAUUGUGACUGGUUAAAAACGAAUUCUUACAUCUCUGACUGUUGUAAAUAAACAUGAUGCAUUGACAUUUAUGGUUCAUUUUUAGAGAAGUCUUAUAUAACCAGCAUUAUUUAAAAUAUUUGCAUUUUACUCAGGGUAUUUUAACAAGGGCUAAGAUGAGUAGUAGGUAAGGUUGAUCACCUUUACUAGAAUUUCUGUUUUGUUCAGUUUGCUUUCUACUUGAAUAAUCUGCUCUGUAUUGCAAACCCAUUGUAUUUUACAGUAUAGUGUUCAUUGUACCACAAAAAAAAAAAAAAUCAUCCUAGUUUUAAGCUAACUACAGUGAUAACUAGCCUGUGCUAGUUCAUUCAUUUACUAUUACUUUUUUAAAAUAUCUGCUUUGUCUAAUACCUGAAACCACUCAAAAUUAUCGUUUUGGCUCAGAGCUUAUGGAAAUCAUGUGAAAGCUGGUGUUUCAGCUAAUACUGUAUGCCUCCGAAUCAUGUUGUCAUGUUUAAAGUGAGAGCUGCGUGCGCACCUUUAGAAUGGCAGAUCUUCUGUGUCAGCGUGAGUGUCAAAUACUUGCAUGAGCUCGUUUUCACAAGCAGGGGGAAAAAUGUAACAUUUCUAUUGAUGGUAUAAUUUAGACACUAUACAACGUUCAGGCCAUUUGAAUUCUUCAAAAUGAUACAUUAAAAUGUUUAAUAUUUUUAUUAAGUUCCAAUUGAUUAAAACUGUGAUUUAAUACAUGUAUUUUUAUAUUAUUGUAUGGAUUAAUUGUUAAUUCAGCAUUUCAUGGCUAACUUAAAUAUGAUGAUUGGAAAAGAAACUUAAAGUUGACAUUUCUUUUACCUGAAAGUAUUAUAAUCUGAAAGAUUCCGGAAAAUGUAUUAAGCAGGAAUGUGUGACAUCUUUUAGAUUGCUUGUCUAAACUGGGGAGAUUAAAUAUGAUAAAGUGCAACUUUGAGUAUCUUUACCUUUGCAUAUUUAAAGUGAUAUUUUAGAGGUACAAUAAUGUGGUAUUUGGUCAUUGUAAGUAAGCUUCCUUGUGCUGUGUCCUUUGGAGUAAAAAUUCAUGAUUUCUUUUCUGAAUUACGUAAAUGCUUUUAUUUUAUUUUGUAUAAUGACUGUCUUUUAGAUCUGAAUAAGUCACUUUAAAACCUUGGCCUAUGAACUUUGCCUUACCAAUCAUGAAUCUAGAUGAAUGCUAUCUAGUUCUUGGUUCAGUUUUACCUAUUUUUAUUUUUGGUUCACUGCUUGCUUGAGCAUAGCUGGGAUUUGUAGCCCAUUUUCUAGGCUUAUUGCAAUCUCACUGUGGUAUUUUAUAGAAGCUAUUACAUCUGAUAGGUUAGCUUCAUGGUAUUGAUGAUACAUGGCUUAACCAUAGUAAAAGCUGCCUUCCCUCUCUAAAUUGUAAAAAGGUGAUUAAGUUUCACUUGAUGGAGAUAUACUAUAUAUGUGUGUUUAUCAUGGAACCUAGUGCAUUAGGCCAUAAACUGUUUUCCUGGUCUACAUUUUUUUGUAUUCAAAUUUUACUGAAGACAAUGGGCUCCUUCAGGUUUUCUUUCUUUCAAUCCUGAAUUGUCCUUGUUUGGAUUUUUAAGUACUGUAAUUUUUUUUUUUUCAAUAAAAUAUCUGACUUGGGCAAGAAA